UAGGCUCGGAACCGGUUUUUACUUCAUACAAAAAAUACCGGUAUUAUUACGUUCUUUGGUUUUUUAUUUAAUUUUUUAAUGGGACAAUCUAAUAAUAAGAAGUUAAGUAAAUACAUGAUUCAGUUCUACAUAAAGAGCAUAAAUUAAUUUAAAAUAUUGGGCUAUUUCGGGAUUCACAAAAAAACCGGUUCCGAGCCCUAGUCGGCUGUACACAGUUACAGACUCGCCGAGAGUCUCGGCACCGCUCUGAUUCAAACGGAGAAGCGCGAGACGAGACAAGGAACAGCGAGACGAGAAGGGAGCAGCAUGUACACUCGUUCUCGGCCUGUUCGGUCUCUCGACGAGUGUGUACAGCCCGCAUGACGUUCAUCCCGUAACUGAAGCUGGAGUGGACAUCUGAACAUCAUUUUAAGGGGACGACAGCAACCACCGACGAUUGCAGCUACAUUACAGAGAGCCUACCGUGAACCACGAUGGCGACGAAAGUUUGGAAAAACUGAUUGUGAUUGGAAACACCGAAGGCAGAAGAUCACGCGGUCGUUCACCAAUAAGAUGGACCGAUCAAGUUAAAGACUCGUCAUCCUCUGCUUUCUACACGGUCGUCAGAGUCGCGUUGGACAGAAACCGGUGGAGGCAGAUCAUCCGCUCCAGAUGCAACCCUGAUACUGACCACGAUCCUCAGACAUGAGGGACCGACCAAAGAGAGAGAGACCGUGAACCACGUUCGAAGUGUUGCCUCCCUGUCACACUUAAAUACGAAUUUACAAGUGCGACAGAGAGGCAACACGUCUAACGAUGCUAGAUUCAUGCCCUCAGUGGACAGACAGUUUUUAUCAAGGAAAAUGACAGAUACAGCGGCAGCCGCAACAGUAAUGCUGCUGCAAUCGUCAGUGGUCGCUGUCGUCCUCUCACCUGCGUCAAUUGACGCGAAUCACUCAAAAAUACCGAAAACCGUGUUUGACUCAAUAUUUUUCUUUUCGACAAAAAAAAUGUUUGUAGAAAAUUGUGCGUCUGUGUGUCCUUUCCAUACAGGUAAAGGAAUUCAAAAAGCAAUUGUGUUUUUUGCGCCAAGAUUUAAUUAUAUGUACCUGUUUAUUUGUAAAUUUUUUGGCUUUUUAAUAUCGAGAAGAACAAAAUGAAAAUGCAUAAAGAAAGAUUUGAUAAACGAAUAUGCUGGAUUAUUGGAAACAUUAUGUUUUUGACGGUCUUCUGCGUUACAAUGUUGGUACUACCGAGCACUGGUCAGUCUCAGCCCAAUAGAUAUAAUGUCAUUAUUCACGACUACACACUGGAUGGCCAAAUGUACGAUAGUUGUACGCAAAGGAAUUAUACUGAUUAUUGCAAUCGAACCGACUGCGACCACGGUACACACGUCAUGUGUAUGUACUUCAAAUCGAGGACGAUAAUGGGCCCUCAAUGUGAACAGGGUAAAAUGUUCAGAAUGGAUCAAAAUCUACAGGAUAUAGUAGUGACAGAAAUAGAAAAUAUGAGAAAGGAGGCCGCUAAUGGUACAGCUCUGGAUAGAAACGGUGGGCUACUUCCUAAGGCGGAAGGCUAUGGGCCGAGAUUGCUUUGGGACCACGACUUAGCAUUUUUUGCACAGAUUUGGGCGAACCAGUGCCAACAUAAUCUUGAUUUCUGCAGAUCUACUAGGAACUUUUCAAAUCCGGAACAGUUCGUCGGGAUUGAUACAUUCUCAAAUCCAGAAUGGCUGUCUACUAAUACUUCGAGACCAGAAAUUGUGUCGAGCUGUUUGACGGAAGAAAAAGUGACUGCUGCAAUUAAAUCAAUAAUGAAUUUAUUAAAAGAAGUGGGUAGGUUAAAUACCACAAGUGAUAUGAUUGUCCAUUAUAACGGAAGGAGAAAUGCCUAUUUGAAUAUGCUGUACCAAAAUGUUACGCACAUAGGCUGCGCAAUGUCUCAUUAUUUUGGAUACAAACAGUUAACAGACCCGCUGCUCCCGCGAAAACACGAUGUAUUUGUCCUACAACUGGUCUGCAAUCUGUCACAUAAGCUUGUUGCCGGCGACAGGGUCUACAAUACAAGUGAGCCGGUGACAACGACUACUCCAAGUACUACGACAAGCUCAACAACGACAACUAGGCGUACCCCAACCUCAACCUCCAAAUCUGGAGCUGGAAAUUCUGGUGAAAAUAUUCCUGGACUGAGAAACCGUGGCCGAGGUCCUGGCGUCGUGAUAAUGCCUAUUAUAACCGUGGAAGAUUCUCCACCUGAUCUCAUCCAACAACGAAAUUUUGCACAAAGAAAGAGCUCAAGAGUCUCUCAAUCUAAUUAUAAUAACUUUGGUACCGACAACCAACAAACAAAGAUAGCACCGUAUUCAAGAAAAACUAGCAUUUUCGCAAGAGCACCUAUAUUUAACCUUUCACCUGGAAACGGCGACAGCACAAGUAAUUUAAACCUCGAGGACAAAGUUUUAUUAAAAAAACAAUUUAAAUCACUUCUUGACCAAGUACCUAGAACAGAAGUUCCACGCUUAAGAGAAUUACUAAAACAAAUAAUAAAGAAACACAAAUCCGAAGAAAAUCAUACACCGAGACUCGGGCCGGUAGAAAUUGAUACGGGAGCUUAUACGCGAGACCUUGUCAAUGGUGAAACUGAUGAAGACAUAUUACGACUUACGAACAGUAAAUUGAAAGAAAUAACUCAUGGUUCACGCUUAGUUGGUAGUGAUGUAGCUAACUAUCCUAGUAAUAAAGAUACUGUUAUUAUUCAAGACGCUAACACAGCCUUUGAUACACAAUCCGAAUUUGAAAUUCCAAUAAUUCGAAAACAAAAGCCAAUAGUGCAUGCCAAAAAAGAGAAACCUAAUAAUAGUGACAAAGACCAAACGUUAAUAAGGGGCCACAGUAUAGCACGUAAGCAAGGUAGUAGUUUGGCCAAUACUGAUCUUGCAUUUAUUAAUCAUAUCCAAGCCGAGCCAAGCCAAAUGAAGUCAAAUUUUAGAAACAAUGCCGGAAGACAAAACAUUUAUGAUGCAGGAAAUAAAAUGAAUGACCACACACAAACUGCGUCUGAUGUCACAACAUUAAAGCGAAGAUUGUAUUUAGAAAAUGAAGUCAGUAAAUUAAAAAGGAAACUGCAAAAUUUACGUCAGUAUAUACGUAAAAAUGAUGUCGACGAAAACGCCCGUAUCCGCCCCGUGGUAACGUCGCAGAGCGGGCAACGAAGUACCAAGUUUGAUGAGGGGAAAAAUUUCUACAUGCCGGAUAGAGCACAUCCUCUGCAUGAAUAUUAAUUAAUUAUUUAUUUUAAUAAUAAUGCAAAGGUUUUCCCGUACCCAUGCAUGUGCGGCCCGAAUUCUAAAAUAUCUACAGACAGUCAUGGAAAGAUUUUUGAAAGAAAUCGGUGUAUUUCCAAAGUGAUUUUAUUAUAUUUUCACGUCUGUUAUUAAACCACCUGUUACAAAAAUUGUUAU